CACGGGAUUCGAGUGCGGGGGGGUGGCGAUCGGGGUGUGCCUGUCGCACAAGAUCGCCGACGGGCGGUCGAUGGGGUCGUUCCUUCGCUCCUGGGCGGCCGCGGCGACGAGCCCGACCCUUUGUUCGACGCCGCCGACGCCUUCCCGCCGAGCGACGACGCCGUGCCGCCGACGGAGCCCGAGGCUGGCCCCGGCGAGAAGAAGCCGCAGGUGGUGAAGCGGUUCCCUCUCGACCCGCGGAAGAUCGCGGCUCUCCGCCCGGCCCCGGCCCCUGCCCCGGCCCCUGCCCCGACGCGCGUCCAGGCCGUGACCGCGCUGCUGUGGCGCGGCCUCAUCCGCGCGCGCGCCCGGGCCGCCCGGGGCGGCGCGCCGCCGAAGGCGUCGGUGGCGUCGCUCAUCGUCGACACGCGCGCGCGGACGGACCCGCCGGCGCCCGACCACGCCUUCGGCAACCGCUGCGUGCUGGCGGCGGCGGCGCUGGCGGCGGAGACGGCGGCGGGCGUGGCCGUGGGCGAGGGCGAGGGCUGCGGAGGCGCCGCGCUGGAGGAGGAGAUCGGGAGCUCCGUGAAGAAGGUGGGAGGGGAGCACGCGAAGCGGCUGCAGGGGCCGAGCGGGCACACCUCGGCGUUCGCGCUGGUGGGGGAGGCGGUGCGGGGGUGCGGCGGCUUCAGGGGCUUCGACCUGCACGUGAUCAGCAGCUGGCUCCGGCUGCCGGUGUACGAGGUCGACUUCGGGUGGGGGAAGCCGGCGUGGGUCGGCAUCAACCGCAACGUCAGCAGGGACGGGGCCGUGCUGCUGCCCGCCCCAUUCCAUGCGAUGGACGGCCGCGGGGUGGAGGCCUGGGUGUCGCUGAGCGAGGACGAGAUGGCCGAGUUCGAGAAAGAUGCAGAGCUCACUUCUUGCCUCCUGGCGGUCAAUUCCUAAGCCGGAAGGCUCAUUAAUUAAUUGAGCACCGAAAUAAAGCAUCAGUCGUCCUUCCAUAUCGCCUCUGGAACUUUUU